GGGAAGGGAUACCGGGUACCGGGCGAUACCGGGUACCGGAUAUCGGGUUUUAGCGAUGUUUUGUUGACAUAAGCCGAUUUGCACCAGUUUUUCAAGGCAAACUAUUUCAUGAACAUUAAUGCAUGUUUUUAUGACAAUAAUGAAAGGCCACUGGUUACAAACUUCUUAGACUAUCAUGUGCAUGUAGGGAUGGUGAGCUGCAACUAAAAUUCACAGUGGCUGGUUCCUGAGUAUUAUUUUGGCUGCCGCUGCUGUCCCUGUACCGGGUCGCCCCCCUGUACCCCAAUCGCAACUCCCUUGACAUUAUUGAUGCGCUGUGUUGUACGGUCCUGGAGGAUGUUGUUCAAGCUGGGACUGACUGUUAUUGUCCUUGUGGCAGUUUACAUGUACUAUGCCAUAGACCAGCCUGAAUCCUCGAACACUGAAGAAGAAAGCAACCCACAUCUGCCACAGGAGUCCAAGGAUGUCCAAACCCAUGAACGGGCUGAAAACAAACCUGAAAUUGAUAAAGCCUCAGACUGGGCAGGACAUAUCCACAUAGCAGUCGUGGUGUGUGGUGACAGAGCGGAGGAAACCCUUGUCAUGUUCAAGUCAACUGUGCUGUUCACUGUUACACCCCUCAUGUUCCACAUUUUUACAGAGCCACACCUGCGUAAACACUUUCAGGAACAGCUCGCUUUCUGGCCAGAGAAAUACCGUCAGAAGAUUGACUAUCAACUGUACAACAUAACAUUUCCGGAGCAAGAGGGUGUCAAGGCAGAGGACUGGCGCAAACUGUUCAAACCAUGUGCAUGCCAAAGGCUCUUCAUUCCUGACAUGCUACGUGACAUUGACUCAGUGUUGUACGUGGACACGGACAUCCUGUUUCUCUCCCCUCUGGAGCAGAUCUGGAGCCUGUUCUCACGUUUCAACUCCACCCAACUGGCUGCAGUCUCCAUCGAACAUGAGGACAAAGCCAUCGGCUGGUACAACAGAUUUGCUAGGCACCCCUUCUAUGGGGAAGUGGGAGUAAACAGUGGAGUGAUGCUGAUGAACCUUACCCGGCUGCGUGCCUCCACUUGGCUCCAGUCUGUACAGAACUACUACAAGGAGUACCGCCUCAAGAUCACCUGGGGAGAUCAGGACCUCAUCAACAUAUACUUCCACUACCAUCCAGAUCAGCUGUAUGUGUUUUCCUGUGAACUGAACUACCGGCCCGACCACUGUAUGUACAUGAGUGUGUGCAAGCCAGCGGAGAAGCUGGGAGCAGUGAUAUUGCAUGGGUGCAGGAGGGUCUGGUUUGAAGACAAACAACCAGCCUUUAAAGCUGUGUAUAAAACAUUCAAAGAGCACUAUUUAGGAGGAAGUUUACGCUACGAGUUGUUAGAGUCAUUAAAGCGAAAUCUUCAGUCGGCUCCCCAGUCAAGCUGUGGUAAAGUGCCAAACCUUUUCACACGCAGCAUAGAGAAUUAUCUUGACUCCAGGGAACAAGAAAAGACAUGAUAAUGUGGAUAAAAUCAAUUACCUAACAACAUUUCCAAGCCAAAUUUUCACUGUGAUAUUUUACAAUAUUAUGAUUCUCAAACAUUCGCCACAUCUAUAGAAAUAUCAUACUUACUACUGCUGGUAUCAUCAAAUAUCACUAUGUUGUGAACAUUUCAUUUACAUUUCAUACAUUUUGAUAAAAUAUCUGAUGACAAUCAUGUUAGCAAGAAAACAAAUUUGCAUUUAAUGCAUUGCUCCAUUUUUGCAUAAUUUGUGUUACAUGUCCACUAAUUUAUUUUACAUGUAUGCACAACAACUUUUUAAGAGAUGUUUAUCAGUUAUUAAUAUUUUAUUAUAUUUUUUUGAAGAUGAUGAUGAAAAUCCUAAAAACAAUUCUUUAUUGAUCAUGUUUUAUUAUCAACAAAUAUUAAUUAGGUAUUGCAUAUAUCAAGAAGCAGUCAUUAAUAUUAUGAUUUUUAAAAUUCAUAGAUAUUUUGCUUUUUUACGCGUAACAAAUGCUCUAAAUGAAAACAGUCUGUUCAUUGAAAUUGAAUACUUGGAUUGUUAAAUUUUUAUUUUUUUAUUUUUAGCUCUACUGGCCAAAGGCCAGAAGAGCUUAUGCGAUGGUAAUGUAUACGUAGUAUGUGCAUCCGUGCGUUCAUGCGUCCGUGCGUCUGUAAACAAUUGGUUGUGAACAUGAUACAGUCUUCAUUUUUGAUUGUAUCUCGAUGAAACUUGUACAGUAUCUGGAUAUCCAUUAGAGCUCGGUUCCUUUCAAAAACCAGAUCCGCCCAUGCAUGCCUAGAUUAUGGCCCUUGAUAGUAUAAAAAAAUGCUAUUUUGUAAACACUAGCUUGUGAACACGAUACAGUCUUCAGUUUUGAUUGUAUCUCGAUGAAACUUGUACAGUAUUUAGAUAUCCAUAAGAGCUCGGUUCCUUUCGAAAACCAGCCAGAUCUGCCCAUGCAUGCCUGGAUUAUGGGUCUUGAAAGUAUAAAAAAUGCUAUUUUAAGCUUAGUCUUUUUUUAGCCAAGUCUUCAUGAGCGAAGUCUAUUUUUAGCCAAGUUUACAUGUAAAUUCACAAUUGCUUGUGAAGGUUUGUUCAAAUUAUGCCACUGGGGUCAUUACUGCCCCCCCACGGAGAUUGUCCCGAAAGGGACCAGUGCGGCAAAUGCAAACGACCUCGGCGACAUUGGCGGAGGCCCAGGGAAGAGUUCUCUUUUCUUUGUAAGGGACGGACCCCCCCACCCCUUAAAUUGGGAAAUGUUAAAAACCUUUUUGUCUGAAACCACUAUGCAAAUCCUUGCUAUUUUGAACAAGGCUUUAUUUAGUGGUCCACAACCAUGGUUGUUCAAAUUAUGCCAUUGGGUCAAAACUGGCUCUGCCCUGGGUGUCACAAUUUUCAUAGAGACUUAUUUAAGAAAUAUUUUCAAAAUCUUCUUGUUUCAAACCGUGAACAUCAUAUGAUGCAAUUGAAAACAUUUGAAAUAAUGCCCCUUGGGCAAAAGUUGGCCCCACCCCUUUUGACUUACUUAUUAAUUUUUAAGGCUACAGUAAUGAAAUUUUGACCAUGUGAACAGUUUUGCAAACAAGCAUUAAUGUUGUCCUCGGAUGUCCUUGACUUUGACCUUUGACCGACUUUAUUUUUAAAGCUACAGAAAUGAAAUUUUGAUGACGAGUACAGUUUUGAAAGCAAAUAUUUUUUACUCUCAGAUUACCUUUACUUGGCACAUAUCAAAAUAGUUCAUGCAACUAAUCUGCUUACAACACUUCCUGUCCUCAGAUGUUGAAUGUGCAGCGUUUUCAGCUAACCCAAACACUAAAAGUGAACUAUAUAUUUGUUGCCUUUUACUCAAACGUACAUGCUCUGGAUUGAAAAUGACCACAAGAGCCAUGCCAGUAGAGCAUAGGCCCUUUUGGGCCUCUUGUUAUAAUAUUGUUUGUUGUUGGGUCUUAGUUCCAUGGUAAUUUUUAUCCACUAUGCUUGAAUUACCAGCAUUGUUAAAGGUCCACUAGCUGUGGGUGAGUGUUUAAGCUUAUUUAUACACACACUCUGGCAAGGCACAUUCAGCUAGUGCUUCGAUAAUUUUGUAGUCAUUUUAGGUUGUUUGAAGCAUAGAGCACAGACAGAAUGUAACCCUGGCUCGAGUUACCCUGGUUCUGUAAUGUACACUAGUGUAUAGCUGUAGCUUAGAAGUAAUCAAAUAAAUAAACUGAAAGUAUAGAAAGACACAUCAAGGUGUGAAGUUAAACAUGAAGUUAAUUUUAUAAAUAUAAUUAUAAAAAAUGAAAAUUAGAAAACAGUAUAUCAGGCUAAUAAAAAGCAUUCAAGAGACCUAAUGCAACAAGUAAUCAAAUACAUUGAGCAAAAACAGAGAGUGGGUCUUUAAAGGGCUUCAGACGCAAUAGGUAAACAUUCUUAACUUACACCUUGACAUGCAAUGUUUUUUAUACCAUUAGUAAUGUUGAAUGGCAUGCCUGUUCAAGGUCUGUUUUAUCAUGUCUUGUUUAAUGUAUUAUGCAGAUAACAUAAUGUUAUUAUUAUUUUUAUUCAAACGUAUGCAAAACAAUUCAUAUAGCUAAACAUGGAGAACAACUGUAAUAUAUAUCAAAUAUAUUGGCAAAAAAAGAUUAUUUAUAGAGACACACUGGCUUUCUCAAAUUGUAUUAAAUAUCUGAUAGUUAUGAUAGAAAAGCCCUCAUUUGUAAAUGUACAUUAAGUUUAUUUUUCAUAAUAGCUAUUUCACUUUCAAUAUUGAUUUGUUAAUAUAGGUAUUUUUUAAAAAUUGCAGAAUUAAUUAGGAAUUAUUUCUCUGUAUUUUGAACAGAAAAUGCAGUAUUUUAGGAGUAUCACUGUAAAAUUAAUACAACAACAUUUACUCCUUAUAAUUUUUUUUUAAAUUUAAUUCAAUUUCAAUACUUUUUGAGUGGAGAAAGUGCUUCAAGUUAUUCUACAGGUCUUGUAUGACAAAUCACUCCCAGAACAUGUGGUUUAUUGUUUCCUCAUAACUGGAAUACAUGUUGCAUCAACUAGAAUUGGAUAAUUUGCAUUUAAAUAGAUAUUUAUUUGUGGGUUAAACUCUGUUGAUUAGGCUCGUAACUGAAAGGCUCGUAUACAUGUGUUGAUUGUUGCUAUAUAAGGCAAUGUAUAUAUUUUAGGGAUGCAAACGAAUGGCAAAAUUGAUAUUCGAAUAUUCGGUAAUUCUUUCGAACGAAUAUUCGAAUAUUCGAUUACCAAAAUACAUCUUUUAAAAGUUGUAGUAAACUUUUAUAAUAUUCUCUAAAGUAAUAGUCGGGGCAUUUUAGCUUUUCCUUGUCGUAAUAACUACGCGUGGCGGACCCUGAAUAACACCAAAUGAGCCUCUGAAAUUCUUCAUUUCAGAAAGACAAAAAGUCAUACUUUAUCAACAGAGAAAAAUUAACAAAAACUUUUUAUUAAUAUUCCUCUGCCUUCAUAUUUGUAAACAACGUGAACCUAGAUGGAUUUUUGGUCAAAUGGCGUUAUGUGCCAAUGGAGAGUCUCCGUAGGACGAGCAGCCUCGUUCUGGGAUUGACCUAUAAUAUAUAAACUACGUAAAAACUAAACCAACUUGGGAACUAGUCUAUUUUAGAUUUUCUUAAUUGGUAGAAGCGUUUUCUGUCACUCCCCGUGUUUUUACAUUAAGCUAGUUAUUGUAAAAACACGGGGACUAUUUAUAGUACCCGACGAUAUGUCCCUAAAUGAUACAUGCCGCGUGUUUAGUGUAUUGUCAUCACAUUCACACCUCUGGCAUUAUGGGCCAAUCGUUGUUUGAACAAGACAAAGGAAUCUUAAAUACAACAACAUAGUUGUAGGCAAAAUAUUUAUUAUUAUUAUUAUUCAACAAAAAAAAACAUCGAAUAUUCGAAUACCGAUUUUGACAUUCGAAUACCAAACGUUUGAUCGAAUAUUCGAAUAUUCGAAUAUUCGUUUGCAUCCCUAAUAUAUUUAAUUCUAAUUGAGUGUUUCAUUUAUAGAGUUUUUCCAUAUUUUAUUUUAAAAGUAUUAAUUUAAAUAUGUUUGUUAUACAAAAAAUGUGUAAUCUUUUUUUUCUAACAUCGAGUUACAUUCAGCCAGAAUUGUAAUAUCUGAUAUUUUUAGUUCAUUUUUCAUGUAUUGUGGUAUAUUAUUGAUAAGUUGUAGAUACUUCAAAUAGUCACCAUUUGUGAUUUCAUAUAGGAAUUGCAAGUGAUUGAAUGAAUUUCUUAUUUCUAAAGUCGAAGAUAUGUUCGAGAUAAAGUAUUCCUUUUUCGUGCCAUUCAUUGUUUAUAAUAUACUGUUUCAUAAUUAUGUCUGACAUAUUGUUUUUGCCCUGUCCGUCAGUCAGUCAGUCUGUCGGUAUUUACGUCACACUGUGUUUCCGCUCAAUAACUAUAGGACGCUUAGACCCAGGAACUUCAUACUUGGUAUGCUAGUUGUUCAUGACCAGUAGAUGACCCCUAUUGAUUUUGAGAUCAGUAGGUCAAAGGUCAAGGUCACCAUGACCUUGAGGUGAAGAAACGGUUUCCGCUCAAUAAUUAAAGAUUCUUUGGGUCCAGGAACUUCAUACUUGGUAUGCUAGUUGUUCAUAACUAGUAGAUGACCCCUAUUUAUUUUGAGAUCAGUAGGUCAAAGGUCAGGGUCACCAUGACCUUGAGGUGAAGAAACGGUUUCCGCUCAAUAACUAAAGAACGCUUGCACCAAGGAACUUCAUACUUGGUUUGCCAAAUGGUCAUGACUAGUUGAUGGCCCCUAUUGAUUUUGAGAUCAGUAGGUCAAAGAUCAAGGUUGCAAUGCUGUGAGGUAAAAAAGGUUUCUGCUGUAUAACUAAAGAAAGCUUGCACCCAGGAACUUAAUACUUGGUAUGCCAGUUGGUCAUGACUAGUUCAUGGCCCCUAUUGAUUUUUGGAUCAGUAGGUCAAAGAUCAAGGUCGCAAUGCUGUGAAGUAAAAAAGGUUUCCCCUCAAUAACUAAAGAACGCUUGCACCCAGGAAUUUCAUACCUGGUAUGCCAGUUAAUCAUGACUAGUAGAUGACCCCUAUUGAUUUUCAGGUCAGUAGGUCAAAGGUUAAUGUGACCUUGAGGUAAAAUAAUGGUUUCCGCUGAUUUACUUAACAACACUUUGGCCCAGGAACUUUAUACUUGGUUUGCUAGUUGGUCUUGAUUAUUAGAUGACCCUUAUUGAUUUUGAGGUCAGUAGGUCAAGGUCAAAGUGACCUUCAGGUAAAAAACAAUUUGUUGGUCACCAGUCUGUACGUCACACUUCUUUCUGCUCAAUAACUAAUGAAAGCUUGGAGUCCCAGGAACUUCAUACUUGGACCCAAGAACUUCAUACUUUGUAUGCAGGUUGGUCAUGACCAGUAGAUGACCCCUAUGUUUGUUCGUCUCCAGUCCAAAAGUACAAAUUUUAUGUCCAUCAUUGAUUAUUUCUCACCUAUGACCACCCUAUGGGGGAGACAAGCGCUUUUUCAAAAAAGCAAUCUCUGGUUUCAUUUUGAUUUGGAGUUGUUCCAGAGUAUGACUUUUCUUAUGUGUGUGUGGGCUUGUUUCUUUUUAAACAUGUUCCAAGAUGUAGGGAUGUUUCGAAAAAAGCUGUUUUGAGCACAAAAAAGUUUGAUAUCCUUUUCAUACAGUUUACAUUGAAAUAUAAUAUUUCCAGCCUUCUUGUUAAGUAUAUUAUUGAAAAAUAUUUUCCAUUUUCCAUGAUUUCUAUCAUCAAUUAAUCCAGCUUGUUUUAAUAGCUUUUAUAUAUAUAUUCUUCAAUUCGGAAGACCUAGUCAUCCAUUUUCACUGGGAGAGGUAUAACUAAUCUCUUUUGAUAUUGUCAGGUUUAUUAUCCCUUAUAAAAGGCAAAAUUAGAUUUUGUGAAUUCUUUUAUCAGUUGAUCAUGAGCAUUUGACAACACAUUGAAAGGAAAAAUUAGUUUAGGAAGGGCAAUAUUUUGACUACAUAAACUUUUCCAAGCAAGGUUGCCAUUGUUUAAAAAAUUGUUAAUUCCUGUACUUUUGGUAUAAUACUAUUUGUCGAAAAAGAAUCACUAUUAUUUGACAUAAGAUGAUUCCAAGUGCUUUUGCAGAUGAAGAGGUCGAGAUAAAAUGGCUUCCUUUACUAUUUUUUUUUUCCAUUUAAACUACGUCUAUUGUUUUUGAGUAAAUUAUUUUUAAUCCAGACAUUAUUCCAACAUCUUGAAUAGAAUGAAAAAGUUUUUUAUAUGACCUAUCAUUUCCAUUAUUGAAAAAUGUAGCAUCGUCUGCAAAUAAUGCUUGUUUUUUUUUAGCGUUUUGUAUUAUAAUAUUUUUGUUGUGUGAAUUUUAUCACUUUUUGAGAUAUUUUUAAUUUUGUACCUGUUUGUGAAUAAUUAAAGCUUUACAACUGUAUUGAUCUUUAUGGGAUAAUGCCAUCAUUUGCUACAAUGGUGGUUUUACCAUUGUUAUUGGAAAUGCUUUAAAAUCAUUAAAUAACAAUAAAUAAAGCACAAUUGGA